AUGCCACGAGUUCGUCUUCGGAAUGCGGAGCCGUUAACUGGCGUUUCGAUUUCGACUCGAUUUGUACAGUUCAUCACCGGCGGUGACACAUGGACCAUUCACCACCUCAGGACGUUCGUUCUCACGUUUUUCAGUUUUGCAUUGAUACAUGCAACAAGAAAGACGUUGUCCACUGUGAAGCCGUCUAUGAUCGCGACAUGGACUCAUGGAACUUCGACCAAACCCCCGCUGUUCCCCUCCGAUCAGGCGGCUUCAGAGUUUCUUGCUAUGCUAGACGGUGGAUUCCUCUUUGCAUACUCUGUGGGUCUGUUUGGAGGUGGUAUACUGGGAGAUCGUUACAAUCCUCGAGUUGUUUUAUCGAUUGGAAUGUGGCUGUCGGCGAUUGUGGUUUUCCUUUUUGGUUAUGUGACCGAAUAUUUUCAUCUCUACUCGAAAACCCUUUAUGCCUUCCUCUGGAUUUCCGGCGGUCUAUUUCAAUCGGUGGCAUGGCCAACGGAGAUUUGCAUAGUGGGUAAUUGGUUUGGUCAUUGUUCACGAGGUGCUGUCAUGGGCGUGUGGUCAGCUUGUGCAAGCGUUGGAAAUAUUAUUGGCACUAUGAUCUCGUCUAAACUAGUUCUUAUGGGUUAUCAGUACGCAUUUGCAGUCAAUUCCAUUCUUCUGUUCGGUUUCGGUUUCCUUGUGUUUUUCAAUCUUAAAUCAGCUCCCAGGGAAGUGGGUUUGCCGGAUCCUAUCGAUUCGCCGGACGAGUAUAUGCGAGUUAUCGAAGAGCCUACUCAACGCCCUGCUCCGAUCAGUUUCUGGAAAGCCUGGCUUCUCCCUGGUGUUCUAGCGUACUCCUUGGCUUACGCCUGCUUGAAACUAGUCAACUAUGGAUUCUUCUUCUGGUUGCCAUUCUAUCUUCAUUCCAAUUUCGGAUGGAGUGAAGCUGACGCGGACGCUCUCUCGGCUUGGUAUGAUGUUGGAGGUAUCAUUGCUGCUAUCCUUGCGGGAACAGCUUCGGAUCACUUCUCAUCCCGAACUCCGAUCAUUGUCGUGAUGUUAAUUUGUUCCACGUUCGCUCUAUGGGCUUACUCAGCGUCUCCGCCAUCGCCAUUUAUCAACGGCCUAUUGUUAACGAUUACCGGUUUCUUCAUUGGUGGUCCGGCAAACAUGAUAUCCAGUUCUGUUUCUGCUGAUUUAGGUAGAACUCGCGAACUUAGAGGAAAUGCAGAAGCUCUUUCAACUGUGACUGGAAUCGUUGAUGGUACGGGUAGUUUUGGAGCUGCUUUUGGGCAACUGCUCAUUCCUUCGAUCCAAGCUGUGUUCGGAUGGAAUUCUGUAUUUUAUGGAUUCAUUGUUAUGAUCAUUUGUACAACAGCAUGUCUGGUACCUUUACUGUGGCGUGAAGUUAUUUGGCGGCGACGAGUCUUCUACAAUGUUUUGAGCUCUGAUCAAGAAGAUCACGGUAAUGACGAGGAUGAGGUCGUUGCUGCUGAUGAAGAUGUCGUGAGACGGCGACUACUUGGCGGCAGAAGAUCAGCAAUAAUGCAAGUAACGUAA